AUGGCAAAGAAGAUUUCUAAACGUAGUAGAGCAGCAAGAAGAGGGCUUGUGGAUAAUGACGAAGGAGAAGCUAGUUCAUUAGCAUCAAUACCAAAACCAGAAAACGAUGAUGUCAAGAAAUCAAUUAUCAGAACCACAAUCAAAAAUGAAAACUUAUUAGCUAAAAAGAUGGAGAAUUCUAAAAUCAGAAAGUCAAAUAAGAAGAAAACUUCUGCUUUGAAACAUAAAGUUGAAAGAUCAGAUAAAUUAACUGGAGUAUUGGCCACUAAAAUUGAACAAAGUAUAGCUAGAGCCAAAUAUGUCCAAAAUGCACGUAAAUCAGGUUGGGAACAGAUUAAUAAGACUAUUACUAUUAAGAAUGAUAUGGCAGAAGAGAUCAAGUCUGCUUCAGUGGAACCAGAAAAGACAGUAGAAGAAAUUGAAAAAGAUGCAGAAGAUGAAUAUGUUAGACAAUUUUAUGGUAAUGAUGCCACGAAUGAAGAGAAGGAUGAUGUGUCAGUUCGCCCAACAUCCAAUAACAGAUUUGCCUUAUUGGAUGAAGCUGAAGCUUGA